CAACAAGAUGGCUGCACCCAAUAAGCAAGCGACCGUCUACAUUGUAGACUUGGGAUCGACGAUGGGAGAGUGCAACAGUGGCAGGGUCGAAACUGAUCUGGACUUUGGCAUGAAAUAUAUUUGGGACAAGAUAGCCACAACCAUGGCUGCCAACCUGAAGGGAGGGAACCUAGGGGUCAUUGGCCUAAGAACCGAUGAGACCAAUAACCCAUUAGAUGUUGAUGGUUAUGAGAACCUCUCAGUCCUGAGACCAUUAGGCAAUAUGGAGAUGGGUCACCUCACCUCACUACAGACCAAGAUCACCCCAAGCGGAACUGAUGCAGGAGAUGCCAUCUCGGCCAUCGUCCUCGCCAUCCACAUGAUCACCGAGUUUACCACACUCAAGAGCGGCAAGCCUGGAUCAUACGCACGCAAAAUUGUUCUGUUGACGGACGGCCAAGGUAUGAUAGAAGACGAAGGCAUGGAACAAAUAGCUACGAAGAUCAACGAAUGCGGCAUCAAUCUGGUCGUGAUUGGGAUUGACUUUGAUGAUAACGAAUUCGGAUUCAAGGAAGAGGACAAGUCCUCCCUGAAGCAACGUAACGAAGGUGUUCUGAGACGUCUUACGGAGCUGUGCGAAAAUGGUAUCGUCGGCACUGCAGCAGAAGCUAUUGCCAAUCUUGCCAUUCCCGAUAUCAAGCCAACCCGUCCAUGGUCCACCUACAAAGGACGCCUCACCCUAGGAGACCCCCAAAAAUAUGAAACUACUGCGAUGUACAUCGAUGUUGAACGUUAUUUCAGGGCUCACAUCGCAAAGCCGGUCUCUGCGAAGAGCUUCGUCACUAAAAUACCCAUGGAAAGCACUCAAUCCUCGAAUACUAUUAAUGGGGAUAUCGACAUGACAGAUGCCCCAGCCAAUGGGGAUGACUUCACAGUUGUCAGGAGCUCUAGAACGUAUAGAGUCAAUGAUGCGUCCGCACCGGGAGGAAGGAGAGACAUUGCACUGGAGGAACUCGCUAGGGGAUAUGAGUAUGGCAGGACGACUGUUCAUAUCAGUGACUCAGAUGAAAAUGUUACGAACUUUGAGACGACACAAAGUUUCUCUAUCAUUGGAUUCAUCCCAAAUGACAAGUUCGAGAGAUACCUCAACAUGGGAGAAAGCCGCGUAACUAUUGCACAACCUAUCAAUGAUAAGGCGCGCAUGGCAUUUUCAUCUCUAGUUCAUGCACUCUUCGAGUUGGAGUCAUACGCUGUGGCCAGAAUCGUCGAGAAGGAUGGCAAGGCACCCCAAAUAAUUCUCCUGGCUCCAUCCAUUGAGCCAGACCUUGAGUCUCUUAUCGAUGUGCCUCUCCCCUUUGCCGAGGACCUUCGGGUCUAUAGAUUCCCUCCCUUGGACAGGGUCAUCACAGCUUCGGGCUCUACCUUGAAGAAGCAUAGAUAUCUCCCAGAUGAUGAUUUAGUUGGUGCUAUGAGCGAUUAUGUCGAUAGCAUGAAUCUAUCUACAGCUGGAACAGACGAAGAGGGACAGCCCGCCGAAUACAUGAACGUUGAAGAAACGUUUACUCCUAUCAUCCAUCGAAUCAACCAAGCGAUACGUCAGCGAGCGAUAUUCCCUAAUGAUCCAAUCGCUCCAGCUUCUCCCAUUUUAACGAAGUGGUCGCAGCCUCCUGAGGAUCUUGCCUCGCAGUCUGCUCACAAACUUGAGAAGCUCAUAGCAGCAGCUAAUGUCCAGAAAGUACCUCCAAAAGUCAAAGGCACACGUGGACGCCGUGAAGUCCUAAAACCACUCUCCGGUCUCGAUGUUGAAGCACUUCUCAAUCGCGAGAAGCGCGAAAAGAUCUCUCCUAACAAUACCAUACCCGAGUUCAAGCAAAUGCUUGCCAGCCCUGCGGACGAUAACGUCGUCUAUGACGCCGCAAAGCAGAUCGCAAAUAUUAUUCGCAUGCAUAUCACCAAUAGUACUGGCAAUGCGAAAUACGAAGAAGUCAAGGCAGACAUGAAGGUCUUCAGAGAAUUCAUGAUUGAAUUUGAGUUGCCGGAGAUCUGGAAUGAUUUCAUCCGAGAUUUCAAGAAGAGGGUGGCCAAAGGAGAUCUAGGUGGUGACAGACGGGCAUUCUGGAACUCCUUAAGAUGGAUUAACUUGGGGUUGAUCGAUAAGGAGGCUUUAGAAAUAUCCGAUGUGACAGAGAAGGAAGCAAAUGAGUUCCAUUCGUUGGACUCGGAUUUGCCAACCCGCAGUAGAGGUCAUUGAUGAUGCUACUGACAUGGAAGGUCUGGGUUGGGUUGUGGAGUUUCUUGAUUGCAGUGGUUGGCCAUUUUGUAGAAAUUGACGAGGGUCCUCUGGGAUCAUGUCUCAACCAAAAAUCUAUGCCCAGAAGGACAACUUGUCUCACCUCCUGCUGAAGUGUUGAAUUGUGCGAUUAAUAUUUUCAACACGAAGAUGAUUAAAUGAG